AUGGAAACUAUUAAUACUACAGAGCGCCUGGCAGGGUUGAGGGAGCUCAUGAGGAAGAACAAGGUCGAUAUAUACAUCGUUCCUUCAGAAGAUAGUCAUAGCUCCGAAUACAUCGCAGCUUGCGAUGCGAGGAGGGAAUUUAUAUCGGGAUUUUCAGGAUCUGCUGGAUGUGCAGUAGUGACUCUGGACAAAGCUGCUCUAGCCACGGAUGGUCGAUAUUUCAAUCAGGCCUCGCGCCAGCUUGAUAACAAUUGGCUUCUUCUAAAACAGGGUCUACAGGAUGUACCUACGUGGCAAGAAUGGGCGGCUGAACAGUCUCAGAGCGGUAAAGUCGUUGGUGUUGAUUCUACUAUCAUAUCCGCACCUGAUGCUCGAAAGCUUUUAGAGAAGGUCAAAAAGCGUGGGGGGAGCGAUUUAAUUGCCGUGGAAGAGAAUUUGGUGGACCUGGUUUGGGGAGACGACCGACCUUCUAGCCCGAAAGAGCCUGUCAAGGUCCUGGCCCGAGAAUUUUGCGGGAAAGAUGUCAGGACCAAACUUGAGGAUCUCCGAAAGGAAUUGCAGAAGAAAAAGAGUUCGGGUUUCAUUGUAUCCAUGUUGGACGAAAUAGCUUGGCUAUUCAACCUACGCGGAAACGAUAUUCCUUACAAUCCGGUGUUCUUCUCCUACGCUUCGGUCACACCCUCAUCCGCCACUCUCUACGUAGAUUCAAGCAAACUAAGUGACGAAUGCACAUCACAUCUCACUGAAAACGGGGUUUCCAUCAGAGACUAUUCGAAAAUAUUCGGUGAUGUCCAGACCUUGAGCCAGUCUCUCAAUGCAGAUGACGUCAAACUUAAGAAAUUCUUGGUGUCAAGCAGGGCGUCAUGGGCAUUGAAACGCGCUCUUGGCGGUGACGCUAAAGUCGAUGAAGUUCGAAGUCCCAUUGGCGACGCUAAAUCUAUCAAGAACGAGACAGAAUUGGAAGGAAUGAGAGCUUGCCAUGUUAGGGAUGGGGCAGCACUUAUUGAGUAUUUUGCAUGGCUUGAGCAUCAACUCGUAGUCGAAAAAGUAGAGAUAGAUGAAGUUGCUGCGGCUGACAAGCUGGAGCAACUGCGGUCAAAGAAAAAGCAUUUUGUUGGAUUAUCCUUUGACACAAUCUCCUCGACUGGAGCUAAUGCAGCAGUCAUCCACUACAAACCCGAGCCUGGCCAUUGCUCAAUAAUUGAUCCUAAAGCUGUUUAUCUAUGCGAUUCUGGGGCGCAGUACUUCGACGGAACUACUGACACUACUCGCACGCUCCAUUUUGGUGAGCCAACAGAGAUGGAAAAGAAAGCCUACACACUAGUCUUAAAAGGAAACAUUGCUCUAGAUGUUGCUGUUUUCCCCAAAGGAACUAGCGGCUUUGCUCUAGACGCCCUCGCUAGACAGUUUCUCUGGGAAGAAGGCUUGGACUACAGACAUGGAACGGGCCACGGAGUUGGUUCUUUUUUGAAUGUCCACGAAGGGCCCAUAGGUAUUGGAACCAGGAUCCAAUAUUCGGAGGUCCCAUUAGCACCUGGAAAUGUCAUAUCUAACGAACCCGGAUAUUACGAGGACGGCUCUUUUGGUGUCCGAAUUGAGAAUAUUGUUAUGGUCAAAGAGGUCGAGACUAAACAUCGAUUUGGUGAUAAGCCAUAUCUGGGCUUUGAGCAUGUCACAAUGGUGCCAUACUGCCGGAAACUCAUCGAUGAAACUCUCCUAACCCGAAAAGAAAAGCAUUGGUUGAACGAGUAUCAUGCCGAUAUUUAUUCUAAAACUAAAGAUUUCUUCAAGGGAGAUGGCUUGACGAUAAGUUGGUUCAUGCACCUUUAUGGAGAAGAUGUUGAGAUUUUGCAAGGAUCACGUGCAUAUAUACGUACGCAGAUGGUAGUUAACCUGGCCACGAGGCUCGAGCAGGAAACGUAUAGCAAGAAGAAACAAGGAAUCAAAGAGAAUUAUGAUUUACUUGCUUCAAAUACUAUUGGGACAUGUGAGUUUCGGACGAUCAACUACAUAACGGAUAUUCUACCUCAGCAAUGCCUUCGCUCAUCUUGGAGCAGUACGGACUCCCCGCUUGCCACAAAGUCAAAGGCUACUGAUGCGCCAGGAACCCUUGAGGGACAGGAAAAUGAUGGUGGAGCAGACACGAUAUCGAACGCACCUACUUUCAACGAGUAUAUUGUCCAAACGAAUGACGGAUCCGGAUUCGCAGGCGAAAUAAGCCGUACCUCCGAAGUCCGCCAGUUUACAGCAUCGAGCACACCUCAAGAUAUACCGACUCCCACGGCAUCUGCGACUGCUGUCGAUGAAGGGGAGCUCAAUGAUGCCUCGUUCUUAUCGUUCGAAGAGUGGAAGAAACAAAUAUUGGAGCAGGCUGGACAGCAAGAUUUGAAUAUUGGAAAAAGGAAGUCUGCGGAAGCGGCUAGGAAAAGGGAGUCAGAAGCCUUUCAGAACAAUCUUGAAUCGCUCGGCGAUGACGGGGAGAUUGAUUUGGACUUCGGUGCUUUCAGGGACGGAGGAGCAGAACAAACCUCAAGAACGACCGAAGACAAACAACCGAGUUCUUCUCGGGAUUCACAGGAGGAGAAAAGUGAUUCCGGGCGCCGCAGGGAUCAACACCGUAGCAACGAUGCUGGCAAGACCUGUAAAGAGCGCUUUUCCUAUGCAUCCUUUGAUGCGGGUGCUACUGUCCUGAAGACCCAUCAAGGUGCAAAAAAUUCGAAAGCUGUGUUGAUAGAGAAUAAGGACUCCUACAUGCUUUCGGAGUGCAAAACACAGAACAAGUUUUUGAUCAUUGAACUUUCGGAGGACAUAUGGAUUGACACCCUAGUUCUGGCAAAUUACGAAUUCUUCUCCAGCAUGCUAAGGACAUUUCGUGUUAGUGUUAGCGAUCGAUGGCCUGUGAAGAUGGAUAAAUGGAAAGAUUUAGGUGUCUAUGAAGCUCGAAACUCGAGAGAAAUACAAGCUUUUCUGGUGGAGAAUCCACAAAUCUGGGCAAGAUAUAUACGCAUCGAGUUUUUGUCACAUUACGGGAAGGAGUACUAUUGUCCACUCUCACUCGUAAGAGUACAUGGCACUCGCAUGCUUGAAAGCUGGAAGGAUACCGAAACUAACAACGAUGACGACGAAGAGGCAGAUGAGGACCCCGAGGAUGGAUUUGUUCCAGAAGCCGUGGCAGAAGUCAUACCGGCAACAUUUGUUACUGAAGUACAAGCUGUGCAUGUAACAGCGAGUAGCGAGAUUGAGCCUACAGGAUUAUAUUCUCCCCCAGACGUUCAGAAAGAAGAAUCGCCAGUGGAGACGCACCUUCCACCGACUUCUCCCUGGAAGAAAUUUGUUUUCGAGGAAUCCGAGGUACUCGCUACAUACCCUAGGGACCUGUGCUUUCCCUCGGAUGCCCCAGAACAUAUUCUCACAAGUCAAGCUGUUGCAGAAGAGGAGUUAUCUGAUGUCAAGUCCAUCAUGCAAGUUCCGCCUUCACCUAAAACGGUUUCCACCACUUUCACAUCCUCAUCAUUGUUUGUUACCGGACCCCCCGCACAACAGACGUUGUCCGAGGACAAGGCGUCUUUAGCUAGCACAUCACUUACCCAAGAAAGCCAUGAAUCGUCCAAGACCACUCAUGACAGCUCAUAUUCAACAACUCCGACAAGUUCUACUACUGUUGUCACUAACAAACCCCAAAAUGCUACAAUUACAAAUAAGAAUCGUAGUACAAACAUCGCUUCUGGGUCUGCCUCUUUACCCACCAUUCAAGAGAGCUUUUUCAAGGCUGUGUCAAGGCGCCUGCAACUGUUGGAAACAAACUCGACUUUAUCAUUGAAGUAUAUUGAAGAGCAAUCGAAAAUGCUACGGGAGGCUUUCCUGAAAGUUGAAAGGAGGCAACUUCAAAAGACCACCGAUUUCCUCGACAAUCUUAAUAGCACAGUUCUCACGGAGCUCCGCGUGUUCCGUCAACAAUACGAUGAAAUUUGGCAGUCAACUGUUAUAUCCCUUGAAAGUCAACGAGAAGAAUCUUAUCGAGAGAUCCUGGCUAUCAGUACUCGUCUCAACAUCCUCGCAGAUGAAGUUGUAUUCCAAAAACGCAUGUCUAUCAUCCAAUCCGUACUGCUUCUUCUCUGUCUUGGGCUCGUGAUUUUCUCUCGUGUUUCCAGUGCUGAGCCUCUCAGCUUCUCUCUCCAUAGCCGACGUUCCCGUAUCCGCAACACCACUAGUAUGGAAAGUCCACUUGAUACUCCGGGUUAUACCUCUCGAGAGCGCGAAGAUUACAUUGGCAGCGCCAGCUCUCCUGUAGACCCAUGGCCUAAUCAGCAUCGACGUCACCUCUCGGAUGAUUCUCUUAACUCUCGCUCUCAAUCACGAGGUUGGGGUCCAACACCCAUAUCAGCAUAUUCUCGUUCUGAUAUCGAACUCACCCCUCCACGUUCCUUCGACGAUGCUACCACAAACAUCGUGGCCGGAGCUACAACUGGUACCUUUUCUCGACUUCGCAGAAGUAUCACCAUGAAGUACCAAAACUCUAAUCCUUGGUUACCUGCAUCAAAAGAACAUGAACUCCUUCGCACCUCGUCAUUUGGACCGUCCCUUAGAUCUCAGAACUCCUCGCCUGCCUCUUUCUUAUCAGUUGCAGAUGCGAAGGAAAGGGGUGGUAAAGAUAGAAAUCCUGGUGGCUUGGCUAGUCCCCCGCCAAGUGAUAUUGAGAGUCACGAUUAUAUGGAUGAGUUGAACUCUACACCCACUAGUGCUCAGCACGAGAAAUUUAAGGGGCGAAGCGUUGAGAAUAUCGGUGAAGCUCAAUCCCUUCAAACACCUACGCAGGAGGACCCUGAUGGGCAAAACCCCUUACCUGCUCUACCUGAUGGAAGUCCAAGCCUGUAA